UGCAAACAAUAUUUUAUUUAUUACUUUUACAAUAUAUAUCAAGAAUCAUUUUUAUAAAAAAUUUAAAAACAAAAAUGAAUUCUUCAAUCAAUUUUAUCAAAUAUGAGUAAGGAUCAAGCAUUUAACAGCUUUUUAAUGUCUAAAAAGAAUAUUCAAUAGCUUAAAAGAUAAAUAUAAACAUUUAGAAUGAUUAAUCCUUAAUUUCUUAUGAUGAUCUUUAGAAUCAAAUAGAAAAUUUUUUUGAAGAUUAGUAGAAAAAUCUGUUAUAAAAUUAAAAAAGUUAAAAUAAUGACCAUUUCUAAAAUACGCUUAAUUAGUUUUAACUAGCUUAAGUUUAAUAUGUAUUGAAAAAUUAUGAAGCGUCACUAUAGACGUAUAAUAGGAAGGUAGAAGAGGAAUCAGUAACUUAUGAUUAAAAAGUGAAAGUAUAUAAUUAAGGUAUUACUUUAGUCUAACUUGGAAGAUUUUAAGAAGCAAUUUAAUGCUUUGAUUCCAUAAUUGAUUCAUAAGAUAUAGAAGAAAACUUAAAAGCAGCUACUUUUAAUGCAAAAAUAAUUGCCUAUAUCAAAUAAGAAGAAUUUGGUUAGGCAAUACAUAUUAUAAAUAAGAUUAAUUGUAUUGAACCACUAAGUAUAUAUCUGAAAAUAUUUUUUUUAAUAUAACAAUAAAAAUAUCAAUAGGCGAUUGAUUACUUUGAAAGUAUUUAAAUAGAGAUAUAAAGAGAUAAUGUCGUUUAUGCAUAGACAUAAAAUGCAAUAGGGAUUGCUCAUAUAUUCCUAAAUUAAAUAUAUCAAGCUGCAAGAAGUUUUGAAAAUGCUAUGAAAACAGAUGAUAAAGAAUAUAUUUACAAAACCAAUCUAAUUCAAUGUAAAUUAAAAUUGAGCUCAGAUAGAUAAACUUAUGAAGAAUGUCUCUCUUUAGCUCAAGAAUCAAAAUAAUAAGAAGGAAAACAAAGUAUAGAAAUGUUUUUUUUGUGUGGUAAACUAAAUUAAAAGCUAAACAACAAUGAUGAAGCUCUCAAAAAUUUUUAUUUCGCAUAAAAAUUAUUGGAUAACUCUAAUGAUUAGUAUUAAAUUAAUAGUAAAUCUUAUAGAGAUUAGGUAUAAAGUAUUCGAUUACUUCAAAUAAUUUAAAUAAAGUUGUAUAUUUUAUUUACAUGUAAAACUAUUUACAUUUAGAGUAAUGAUGCUUCAAUAAAAUAGUAAAUAUUUAAGGAAUUCUUAUAAACUUUUGAUUAAGCAAAAUAAAUAUUUAGUGAAAAUAAAAAUAGUAAUCAUAAAGAAAAUAUAGAAAUUUAUCAGCAUUAUUUCUACAGUAUGAUAUCGUUACUAUAUUUAGAUAAAUAAAAUUAUGAAAAUGCUUCAAAAAAUAUCGAAGAAGCAAUUAUAUAGAUUUAAAACUAACCUCAACAAAAUCAAAAACUCAAAGAUAAUUUUGAAUUGUAUAAUUUAAUUGCUGGAUAUGCUAAUUUUUAGCUUGCGAAUUAUUAAAAAGCUAUAAACUUUCUUGAGAUUAUAAAUAAGAGCGAAUACUAGUAACUCAAGCUUUAUUAUAGAUCAGAAAUUUGUAUAAAAACUGAAGAUUACACACAAGCUAUAAAAUUACUUGAGCAAAUAGUUACUAGUGAUCCUUUAAUCAACCUUAGAAAAAAGAUAUUACUAGGAAUAGCACAUAUUAUGUUAGAUGACUUUUAGAAGGCAUGGAACUUGUUAAUCCCUCUAAAAAAAGAGAUUUUAAAUAAAAUAGAGUACAAUUAAUUUGUAAAAGAUUCUUAAUUAAGGCACUACUUAUCUGUCCUUUACUUUAAAGCAAAUCUAUUCAAUAAAGCCUUGAAAACAAUUUUGAAAGAUUAUCAAUAAGAAAAUAACAACUAUAAAAGAUAAAUAAUACUUUUAGCUUAUUGCUAUGCUCAAGUUGGAGAUGACUAAUAAGCUUAUUAACAACUCCUAAAACUAUUAAAAAAAUUAUAAGAUACUAAAAAUGAAAGAGAAGGUUAAGAAGAUAUCUAAUCUUUAAGAGAAAACGAAGAAGAUUUCUAAGCAUUAAUUUUUUUGGCAGACUUUUUGUAUUAAUAUUUAAAGAAGGAAAAGCAAAGUGAAAUAAAUUGUGAUUAUAUAUAUAAGUUAGCAGCUUAAUUAAAUUAAGAUGCCUUAUAUUAUCAAGGGUUAUAUUUAUCUUAAAUAAAUAAACCAUAAAUUUCUAACUAAUGCUUAAGAUAAUACCUAGAUUAACCUCAAUCUUCUACAAGAUAUAUUCUAGUUUAGCAUAUCAUAGCAUUAAACUCCUUUUUUAGUUUAGAUUUAAAAUCUUUAAAUCAAUCUAUUUAUGAAAGCCGUCAAUUUGGCUUUAAUAAUUUUUUAGAUUUGCAUAAUUAUUAUACGAAUUCAAUUGAUUAAAGCUUGUUUAGAAAGUUAUUUGUUUUAUUUGAUCUUAUCAAAAAGAAAUAUAUAUAACAAGAUCAGAGCUUCAAUCCUUCAUUUUAAGAACCAUUUAUUCUUUUUAAUGUACUGCUUGAAGGUAAAUAAAGUAUCAAUAUACUGUUGAAUGAAUUUGAAUUAGCUUUUGAAUUGUUUUAAUUAUUUAAAUUAAAAAAUAAUUAACAGAGUAUAACAUUCUUUUAAGAUUAGAAUGUACCUUACAUUGGGAUAUAGAAUAGUGGAGAUGACUAAAUAUAGAGAAUAUUAAAUUUUAUGUAUAUGAAAAAAGUAAAUUUAGGAGAGAUUUACAUACAAUUUUUAAUGAAUGUUUUCCCUUACAGCUAUAUUCAUUAAAUAUUUCUAUAUUAUCAGCGCUUAAAUUCUAUCCUGUUGCAAAAUGAGAAUUCAAAAGGUUCAAAAGAUAUAUUAGAAGCAAAUAGGUGUUUUAUUAUGCUCUGCUUAAGAAUUCUGCAAACCAUUGAUUUAUUAUACAAACUAAAAAUUCCUAAUCUAAAAUUUUAGUGGAUUUAAGUAUUGUUGUAAUAUAAUUUCUGGAUUUAAGAACAUCAAAAAAUAAACUUAAAAUAACUUUAAGAAAAUAAAAAAAAUGUUUAUUAUUUUUUAAAUAUAAUAUCUAAUUGUUAAGAAAGAGACAUUUAUAGUGUGAUUUGCUUUAUGUAGGAAUUGAUAGACUCAUAGCAUAUUAAUCCUUCUUAAACACUAAAAGAAUUUUGUUAUUCUGCUACAUAGUCAACUUAUUAGCUAUCUUAUUGCUAAAGAUUUAUGACAUAUUUAUAGAUAGAAUUAUUUUCAUAUUAAUAGAUCAAACUCAAUAAUUAAAUCCAAAAUAUUAGCUUGGCUGAUCAAAUAGUCAAAAAAUUUGUGUCAGUUUAUCUAAAAUAUUAAACUAAUAUUUAGUUUGAUUUAUAGCAAGAUUUUAAAAAUUCUUUUAGCCAAAUUAGCUAGAAGUUAAAUCUAGAUUUAUAGCUUGAAUAUAGUUUAUCAGAUUAUAUAACCCCUUCAUUCACAAUUUUCUUAAAAGACAUAUCUAACGAAGCUUAGUAAAUCCAAAUAAAUGAGGCUAUUCGAAAAAGAGAAUAGCUAGACGAGGAAUACUUUGAAAAGUUCAUUCAAAUGGAAAGUUAAUUUUUUAAAGAUAAUCAAAUGAAUGAUUGGAGGGAAGUUUAUAUCAGCUACUUAUUCAAAAACAAAAAAUUAUUUUUAAAUAUCCAAAAUAUGAUGAAAUCAUAAAAUACUAAUUAAAAAGUUUAGUCAUUAAUCUACUCAAUCUUGAUAAUAUACAUAAAUCAUCACCCAGAUAAAGAGAGAUUGUUAAAAUUUUUAGACUCAUUAGUACAAGAUUAAGAACUAAAACCCAUAAUAUCGAAUAGAACAGCUUUGGAUCCAAAAAUAUUUAAAAAACUAUUAUAAGAAUUUGAUUAAAAUGAUUAAGAUUUUGCAAAAAUGUAGUUUGAGAGAUAAUUUGAGAUUAUUUACAGAUAUAGAUUUAAAUACACCGAUGAAGAAAAAGCAAGAAACAUAUAUCAAUAGGUUAUGGAAAAGCUAAAUAAUUAAAAAAAUUGAAUAUUCUAUGAAAUGUAAUUUGAACAAAAAUUAAUUUCUAUUGUUUGUUUAUUAAUUAAUUAGUCAGUAAAUACAAAUUUUUUACUUUUAUAAAUUUAUAUAAAAUUACAUGUUUGUUUUUAAAAAUUAAAUUUUCAAUACUCU